AUGAGCCAGCAGGAUGCGGCGGCGGUCCUCGCACUCUCCGAGCGCCUCCUCAUAGCCUCGCACAAGGGCCAGGCCGACAAUGUGGUCCAACUCAUCAACAAGGGAGCCAAAGUAGCCGUCACCAAGUACGGCAGAAGUCCCUUGCACCUGGCUGCCUAUAAGGGCCACAUCGAGGUGGUCCGUAUUCUGCUCAAAGCUGGCUGUGACCUGGACAUCCAAGACGAUGGGGAGCAGACAGCGCUGCACCGGGCUGCUGUGGUGGGAAACAGUGAUGUCAUCGCUGCCCUCAUCCAGGAAGGAUGUGCUCUGGACAGGCAGGACAAGGACGGCACCACUGCUUUACAUGAGGUGUCCUGGCACGGCUUCAGCCAGUCCGUCAAACUGCUGGUGAAGGCGGGGGCCAACGUCCACGCCAAAAACAAGGCAGGAAACACAGCUCUCCAUCUUGCGUGUCAGAACGGUCAUGCUCAGAGUUCGAAGGUGUUGCUGCUGGGAGGCUCCAGGCCCGACAGCAAGAACCACGUGGGGGAUACCUGCCUGCAUGUGGCGGCUCGCUACAACCACGUGGCGAUGAUCCGCAUCCUCCUGGGGGCCUUCUGCUCGGUGUCAGAGAAAAACCUGGCCGGUGAUACGCCGCUACACGUGGCAGCUGCUCUGAAUCAUAAGAAGACAGUACGUCUGCUGCUGGAGGCGGGCGCGGACAGCAGCAUCUGCAACAAUGCAGGCCAAACAGCACUGGACCAGGCCAGAGAACACAACAACCCAGAUGUGGCUCUCCUCCUGACCAAAGCCCCACAGGUCCAGAGCUUCUCACGUGGCCGCAGUGUCAGGAAGAGGAGAGACAAGCUGAAGGCAGAGGGCCGAGCCCAGUCUGUCCCCAGAGAUGAGAUGCUGCCCAGUAAGGACAGUGUUUCUGCAGCAGAUGACACCCACAGCAGUGACCUAGUCGCCUGCAAAAACACUGAACAAACAGAGCCAAGUGCCACGAAGGGAAAGACCAGGAAGCACAAGGAGAAAAAAAAGGGGCACAACCCCCCCACCCCAAAAAAAAACAGUGUGGCUGUUACUCUUAGAAAAAUAUUUGAAAUGACCAGUAGAAGAGAUGAACUUAUUAAUCACCUGAGGUGGCCUUGCUGUUGGCAGCCAUCUUUGUCCGACCCCCUGCGACGGAGAGAGAUGAGACGCAGUGACGCGGCUCAAAGGAGGAGUCGGGGGAAGCUGCAUGGCUCCUCCCCUCAGCCGCCCAUCCCGCCGCACAACUUUAAGGCCUAUCAGCUGUACACCCUCUACCGCGGCAAGGAUGGUAAGAUCAUGCAGGCCCCUCUGAAUGGCUGCCGCUGCGAGCCCCUCAUCAGCAAACUGGAGAACCAGCUGGAGGCCACCAAGGAGGAGAUGAAGACCGAGAUCCACACCGUCCAAGACCUGAUGAACAACAAGAUGGGUCAGCUGGACCGCAAGAACAAACACCAGAUCCGAGCCCUGGAUAAGAUGACCGUGGAGAGGGUGUCUGCAGAGCGGACCGAGUGUCUUCACAGAAUCGAACAGCGAGCCAUACAGGAAAGACUGGAAGGAGAGAGGCGACAGGCGUCAAUCGUCAAGGAGUUGAAAAACUGGUGCCUGUCCAAGCUGCAGAACAUGGAGGUGCGUUUCACCGGGGAGCCGCGCAGCAUCAACCUGCCCCGCUCGUCCUCCAUGACGGAGGGCCUGAGCGAGGCCGGCGAGGCCGGGCUCACCGAGCUGCCCACCGGUCAGGGGGGAAGCAGCCAGUGUCUCGCGGUCGAAGACGACGAUGACAAGAACACCUUUCCGGACUCCACCCAGGGUGAAUCCGGCGUGGCGGAGGGCGGAUCGGCCAACCACUACUUUGUGGUUCACGUGGACAGCUCUCCAGAUGGCGGCGAUAAGCAUCAUACUGCAGAAAUCACUCCUCCAGCUGCAGCCACGUGCCCGUUGCCAUCCGUCCAAGUGGUGCGGCCCAAGGAGCGCCUCGCCAUCUCUACUGAGACCCGGGGGAAGCACCAGGAACUGCAGGGCACAGACGCCACCGAAUACAGAGCGAACAGGGGCAGAGCCAGCAGCCUUUCCCCAGCUACAGAACGCCGCUGCAGCAGCCGGCACGAACGCAGAGACAGAGAGCGAGGCCGGGACAGGGGGAAGCGCCACAAGAGGCACUCCCAGGGCAGGACUAAGUCCAGGGGGGCUGCAGGGGCCACAGGGCAGGCAACGGGGGGAACUCAGACUCUGGAGGUGUUUGGCGAGCGGCCGGCCGAGCCCUCCUUCGCCCAGGAGAGGGAGAACAUGCACGCCCUGGAGGUGACCCAGUAUUUUUUCGAGGCGGUGUCGACACAGAUGGAGCGCUGGUACGAGAGGAAGAUCCAGGAAGCUCGCUGGCAGGCCGACCAGAGGGCGCAGGCCGACAGGGCUGCGCUGAUGGAGAGGAUCGCAUACCUGGAGGAUGAGCUACGCAUGCUGAGGACUAACAGACAUGACGACGGCUAGAUCUCACACACACACACACACUUACGGAUAGGGCCUCUCAGAACCACACUGGAUCCACCUGACAUUCGAAGCAGGGUGAAACCUCACAG